UGGCUUGUUUCCAUGGACCAGCUUUUUGUUGCACCCACCCAUUCGGUUUCAACUGAGCGGGUGCACGGCGGCUUCUCAAUGCACAACUCCCUAUUACACGUCAGAGGCGGCUUCAUUAUUUAAAGUUGAAUCAACUGGGGAAGAAAGGUUUUCGACAAGAGACAGUGUUGCCUAGCAGUUCAUAUGUGCUGGAAUUAGUAAUACGGCACAGUUGAUUGCACAGUUCCUACGGAUAUAUUUUUCUAAAUCAACUAUGACCCAGAUCGUGACACUGAAGGGACCCUCACCUUGGGGUUUUCGACUGGUCGGUGGAAGGGACUUUAGCACCCCGUUAACUAUUUCGAGGGUGACCCCUGGCAGUAAGGCCGCACGGGCACAACUGUGUCCUGGGGACGUCAUCCUGGCAGUCAAUGGGGACAGCUCCGACACCAUGACCCACAUGGAGGCCCAAAACAGGAUCAAGGCCUGCGUGGUGGAACUCACACUCACUAUCAGCAGGUUGGGAGACAAAGUCUGGUCUCCAACAAUUAUUGAAGAUGGCAAGACAAGUCCCUACAUGGCCACGCUGGAGUGCGAGUCAUCACAGAAUUUCCGACCCAUAAGCACUGGACCGGUCACCAGUGGAAACACCGGUGGCUACAGCGGCGGCGGGAACAACGGCAGCGGUUCCGUCCGGAAAUCGUCCUACACCGCUGAGCCGCAGCACCUCAACAACGGCACCUCCAAGCAGACCGGCAACCUGCAGUACAACAACCCCACCAGCCUGUACGCGCACAACAAUGGAGACGGAGACCGGGGCCUGCACAAACACAUUGGCGCUCUCAGCCUGAACUCCCCACACAGCCCUGAGCCUCCCAUGCUUUCUCCCGUGGGCCGUAACGGGAACGGUCAUAGUUUUGAAGUCACCACGGAGUCCGAUGUGUACAAGAUGCUGCAGGACCCAGAGGAGCCAGUCUCUGCCCCCAAACAGUCCGGCUCCUUUAAAUACCUCCAGGGCAUAUUGGAGGCAGAAGAUGGAGGUGUGUCUCCAACUGACCGGCCUGGACUGAGAGGCCUGAAGUCCCCAGUUCGAUCUCCCGUCCCUAAACUGGGCAGCCCCAUCCCUGGGCCCACGAGCCCCAUGCCCAGCCUACAGAAACUUCCCCAGUGUACCCGCUGUGGCAAUGGCAUCGUGGGCACCAUCGUGAAGGCCAGAGACAAACUAUAUCAUCCAGAAUGCUUCAUGUGUGAUGACUGCGGCUUGAACCUCAAGCAGCGGGGCUACUUCUUCAUCGAGGAGAACCUGUACUGUGAGACCCACGCCAUGGCCCGUGUACAGCCUCCUGAGGGGUACGACGUGGUCGCCGUCUACCCCAACUCCAAGGUCGAGCUGGUCUGAGCUGUUCAAACUGUCGCCAACUCACUCAGACAUGUGCCUACACUCUUCUCCACAGUUCUCAGCCAGUAGAGAGGUUUUCUAUUUCCGGUCCAUAGCACUAUGGAAAAAGUUGAGAAUGGGAUUCUAUAGAGUGUGUGUGUGCAUACAUUUGUAGUCUCCCUUUGAUUAUUUAAAACAUACAGCAUACAAUUCCUAUUAUUAAGUGACCUUACAUUUCUUCCACUUCUGUGACUUAAACAAAAUGUAUCAAACUUAUUUUACUAAAAUGGGAUAAGCGUUUCUUUGUCUCAAUAGCACUUUUAGAUCAUGUUAAACAUUAGCAAUAUAUAACCAAAUUACGUCUCAGAUCUGGGGCUGGUUUUCUAUUUUUAACCCUGCUGACUACAAUACAGUUAGUGGAAUGGAAUUAGGGUCAAGCACCUGAUUGGCAAUGGAAUUUAGCUUUCACUGCUUCUCACGCUGUUACAACCAUUAAAAGUCAUGCUAGAAAGCCUUCUGUCUCUCCAUUGUAGCAGCUUUUAAAAAGCUGUGGGGAACAGAGGCAUAAGACCAGGACAUGGAAAAUAAUUUAAACCAGCCCAUGAAUUUCGAAAUGUGCAGGAUUAAAAAUAACAUUUAUUUUGCCAUUGUUGCACAUUAUGUAGAUGACAGUGCUUUGUAGUUGGGGGGGGGGGG